AUGCCGUCACUUUUAAACUGUCGCCGGCUGAAUGGCAGUCAGGGUCGUGACGUCGCCCUCCCAAGCGCCCAAGGGCUCGGUCCCGGUCGGCCUAUCAUUGCGGAAGAACGGAGCCGGGGAGGCGCAGGGGGGAGAAGCGAUGGGGACGAUGGGGGAACCAGUGAGUUGGAGUGCGAAGAUAGCGCGGGCGUGCAGCGGUGUGUGACAAUAGCGGAGUCGUGCAAGCGCGUGUCGUUGCUGUUCCAGAAGGAGCGCGGAAAUGCGGCGGGGAAGGGCGUGGGAGGUCGAAGCGACGCGGCAGGUGGUGCUGGGGAAGGGGAUUCUCAACGGGGAAACACGACGCAGGGCAGGUUGGCUGCGCCUGGAGUUGUGGAAGCGGGCUGCGAGCCCUUUGGCAUGCCCUACCGCAAUGCGUGCCUCUGCCCCGCCCUCAGGCCAGGCACCCACGCCUGCGCGCCAUUCCGCCUGGAGGGCGAGCGGGCAGCGCAGGGGGGCGAGGUGCAGGGCGGGCUGUCUCUGUACGUGCCACAGCCGUUCCUGGGGGACUUUAUUGUGUCAAGGAAUGGGUUGGACGAGCUCACUCCGCCCACCCAAAGCAACGACACAGCCGUGCCUCUCCUUAGCAACACAGUGAGCACUCUUGCAGACGAGCCACAGCGCCUCAUACAGCAGCCGCAGCAGGGGCAAGCGCAGGAGUUGGGCGUGGUGAGAGGGGAGCAGCAGGGUGGGGAGGUACGGAGGGUGGUGAUAGAGGGGCCGGGGAUGAAGGCAGUAUGGAAGGCCAUCAAGCCGCCCAAGACCAAAGGGCUGCGGACUAAAGGCCUUUUCCCCACAGCGGACAGUGUGCGGGGGCGGGUGUUCCAGAGCUGUGCAGUGGUGGGCGAGUCAGCAGCGCUCCUGGCACUGCCGUGCGGGGCGCACAUUGACCGCCAUGAAGCCAUCUUCCGUGUGGGGGCAGCUGCUGCGCGGCCCUGGAGCAGUUUCGUGGGGUCACGGACGAGCAUAAGGGUGGUGGGGCCGGAGGAGCAGGAGGGGGCGCGCGAGGUGAAGCGCGAGAUGGUGCUGGUGGCGGUGCAGUCAGAGAGGGGCAUGCGCCAGUACCUCUCCUACCGCCGCCGCAACACCACGAGCAAGCACGAGCGGCACCACUGCCUGUCGCCUGCCUUCCUCACAUACGCGCGCUCUCAGGCCCGGCACUUAGACCGCCUCAUGGGGCACAGCCAUGCUGCUGCUGCUGCUGCUGCUGCUGCUGGAGGAGGGGGGGGGAGGGGGGGGCGGGAUGGGGCGGGUGCGCGGGAAGGCAGCAGUGCAGUGGAGGUGGAAGGGGGAAGAGAGGGAGGAGGUGGGGGAGGCAAGGAGGAUGGGCUACCAGAGGUGUCGGAGGGAUGGACGGCUCUUAUGCUUGCACUCAACACGUGCAGACGGGUGACAGUGUAUGGGUGGCCGUUGAGUGAGCAGCAGACGGCAGCGCAGCGGGGAGGGGACACGCUGCUGCUGCCGCAGUCCUAUGCCACGCGGUGCCUUGUCACUGACCACCACUCGCCCCAGGACCGCCGCCGCCUGCUAGCUGUGCUGCACACCGGUGUCGCCACUCUCGGCAUGCCCUGCGCCCUCGAGUGCCUGCAGGGCCUCCCCUCGUGCCCACAGUGCAUCGGUGAUAACCUCAGCACCUCCCACGUGGCAGACGGGUUGCAGCGUUGGCGCAUGCUGCCCCUGCCACCCACCGGAUGCUCCCCCUCCAACUCCUCCUCCUCCUCCCCGUCCUAUUCAUCCGCCUCUUUACUUGCCAAUCACCAAGUCUCACCACAGCAACCCGUCAAUUCCCCAUCGGUAGCAUCACAUACGCGUGCAUCCCCUAGCACAUCCAUACAGCAAGCCAACAGUGCAGGCAGCCCUGCAGAGGGGUAUGCUGCUGAUGGGGACUCAGACUCGCCACUUGACCGGACAGCCACAAGGGAGGUGGGAGUAGCAGCCAUGCAGCUGCCUUCGUGGAUGGACACAGGCUUACCUCACGACGUAUCGUAG